AUACCAGGGAAUCGGCACGUGGAAAAAUGUCUGGAAAACCCAAGUUGCACUACUUCAAUGGACGUGGCCGCAUGGAACCAAUUCGGUGGCUCCUGGCAGCAGCUGGGGUUGAGUUUGAAGAAUCUUACCUGGAAAAAAAGGAGGAUCUGACAAAGUUACAAAAGGAUGGAUCCCUGCUCUUUCAGCAAGUGCCGAUGGUAGAGAUCGACGGGAUGAAGCUGGUGCAGACCAGAGCCAUUCUCAACUACAUAGCAACGAAGUACAACCUCUAUGGGAAGGACAUGAAGGAGAGAGCCCUAAUCGAUAUGUACGUGGAAGGAAUGUUUGAUCUGAAUGAGUUACUCAUGAAAUAUGGCUACCUACCAGCAGACCAAAAGGAGGAACAUUUUGCAAAUAUGAUGGACAAGGCUGAAAACAGAUACUUCCCAGUCUUUGAGAAGGUUUUGAAAGACCAUGGAAAAGACUUCUUGGUUGGCAACCAGCUGAGCAGGGCGGAUGUUCAAUUACUUGAAAUCAUUUUAAUGGCAGAGGAGUGCAAACCUGAUACACUUGCUAAAUUUCCUCGCUUGCAGAGUUUCAAAGCAAGACUAAGCAAUAUCCCCACAAUAAAGAAAUUCCUGCAGCCUGGCAGCCAGAGGAAGCCGCUAAUACGAGAGGAAGAGGUACCCAAAGUGAUCAAAAUUUUCUACUGAGUCUAAAGCUGCAGAAACUAUUUCAUUGUGCUUGCUGACAGUGGGAAAAUAAUGAAAACACGUAAAACCAAGGUUUUUGAUUCUUCCAGCAAAGUAAAUAGUUUGCUAAAUAGGGGGUAUAUUGCACUACACAAAAUGCCUUACUUAACUAAAGAGAAUACCUGAAAUAAAUUCCUAUGAUUGAUACUCAAAA